AAGAAGGUAGGAAUAUUUUAAAAGGAGAAAAUCAGCCAAACACCCAAACACCCAAACAAGGAAGGAGCAACGCGGUCUUUCUCAGUUCAGACUCAAUUUUAUAGCUCAGAACCAAGCCAUGUCCGACCUCGCCAGCCGGAUCACGGCGCCGGCUGCUGCCACGCCGGCUACAGAGACCGACGCGCCUGCCGCCGCCUCGAGCACAUUAACUGUUCCUCAAGAUGGAGCAGCCGAUGGAGCCAACAGCAGUGGUCUCCUGGAGUCCAACUACGAUGUGGAGGUUCAGCUCGGAGACCCGGAUACGGACAGCCCGCUGUCAUCUAUUAGCAGCUUUUCGGAGCUUGGACUCCCACAGGGAAUCAUUGAUGGUCUGUUAGCAAUGAACUUUAAGAAGCCUUCCAAGAUCCAGGCCAGAGCGCUUCCUCUGAUGCUCAGCAACCCGCCGCGCAACAUGAUUGCUCAGUCGCAGUCUGGAACUGGAAAGACCGGCGCCUUCGUCGUCACAAUACUAUCGCGUGUGGACUUUAACCAACCUGAUCAGCCCCAAGCUCUAGCUCUGGCCCCAAGUCGAGAACUUGCCCGGCAGAUCCAGAGCGUCAUUCAGUCCAUCGGCCAGUUUUGUACAGGACUCGUCGUUGACGCCGCCAUCCCUGGCGCGAUCUCGCGAGAGACUGGUGUCAAGGCCAAUGUGGUGGUUGGCACACCAGGCACGGUCAUGGAUCUUAUCCGACGCCGCCAGUUCGACGUAUCACAGUUGAAGCUGCUUGUGGUUGACGAGGCAGACAACAUGCUUGACCAACAAGGUCUCGGAGAGCAGUGUGUCCGCGUGAAGAACAUGCUCCCAAAGACUAUUCAAACCCUCCUGUUCUCUGCAACUUUCCCCGACCAUGUUAAGAGUUACGCGGAGAAAUUUGCACCCCAGGCCAAUCAGAUGAAGCUGCGUCAGCAAGAGCUGACAGUCAAGGGCAUUUCACAAAUGUACAUGGACUGUCCGUCACUGAAGGAGAAAUAUGAGGUCCUCUGCAAGCUGUACGGCCUCAUGACGAUUGGUUCUUCUGUGAUUUUUGUCAAGACUCGCGAAAGCGCCGACGAGAUCCAGAGAAGGAUGGAGACAGACGGACACAAGGUGUCUGCCUUGCACGGAGCAUUCCAAGGACAGGAACGUGAUCAACUUCUUGACGACUUCAGAUCUGGAAAAUCUAAGGUCCUGAUUACGACCAACGUUCUUGCUCGAGGAAUUGACGUUUCUAGCGUCUCCAUGGUCAUAAACUACGAUAUUCCCAUGAAGGGUCCAGGCGACCAGAGCCCAGAUGCCGAGACGUAUCUGCACCGUAUUGGUCGCACUGGACGAUUCGGUCGUGUCGGUGUCAGUAUCAGCUUUGUACACGACCGCAAGAGCUUUACUGCGUUGUCUAGCAUUGCAGAGCAUUACGGUAUUGAUCUAAUUCAGCUGAGCCCGGAUGACUGGGAUGAUACUGAACUGAAGGUUCAAGAAGUCAUCAAGUCGAGUAGGGCUAAGCCGGAUUACGCACCGACACAGGAGAAGGCCGCCUAGGUGACUGGUAUCUCAUCAAGUGUCAGGGUCUUGUGAUGCGGCGGUACCUGUUCCAGAUCAAUGUGUGGGCGUCUAUCACCAUGGUGUCUUGAUUUUAUCCACUUCUCAAUGUUAGGGCUGGCGCAGAUAUUCCUGCUAGCUUUUAUGCUUAAGCUAAAUGUCGGCAAAAGGUUUUGAAGAAUUUACCCGGAGCUUGGAGGCCCAGGGGAGGAUGGAUGUCUGUUGUUUUGUGCGAGGAAACGAGAAUCAUGAUACCAAGCUAUGCAACCCAGAGGAAACUGUUACUUUCCCCAUUUCCAUGGGGUACUCAUGUGACUAGGCUUUUGGUGGCUUGUUCACUGUAUGCUAAGCGCUGUACCUGCAUUAGUGACGCAAUGUCGGUCAACCGCAUGGAGAUCAAAACUUCCGGUAUUGCGGAGGGAACAGAAGCUCGGAAUUCCCAUAUCCGAAACAGGGCGGGCGCUUCGGUGGGCGCUUCGAACUGAUUGUAUCUGGAGGCGAGGUUCCAACGGAGCAAGUUCCGUCAAUUGAAAUUCUC